AUGGCUGAGCACUAUGCACAGCGUGCCAGUGCAGGGCUAUUUACCGAUGCGCAAGUUGAGGGCUGGAAGUCUGUAACCCAAGCGGUUCAUGACCAAGGUGGUUUGAUUGUGGCGCAGUUAUGGCAUGUGGGACGUGUCUCACAUCCAGAUUUACUCGAUGGGGAAACGCCUGUAUCUGCAAGUGCAAUACAACAAGCAGGACAAGUCAGCUUAUUACGUCCAAAACGUGACUAUGUUGUGCCACGACCUUUGGAAAUCUCUGAAAUUCAUAACAUCACCGAACAGUUUAAACAAGCUGCAAUUAAAGCCAAGACGGCUGGUUUUGAUGGCGUUGAAUUACAUGCUGCCAACGGCUACCUGAUUGAUCAGUUCUUACAAAGUUCAACCAAUCACCGUGAAGAUGAAUAUGGUGGUUCUGUUGAAAACCGCGCACGUCUUUUACUUGAAGUGAUGGAUGCUUUAAUUGAAGUAUGGGGUGCAGGCCGAGUGGGCAUACAUUUAGCGCCUCGCGGUGAUGAGCAUGAUAUGGGGGAUGCUGAUCCACGUGAAACCUUUGGUUAUGUCUUGGAACAAUUAGGUAAACGUAAAAUUGCGUUCUUCUUUACACGUGAAUAUUUAGCCGAUGACAGUAUCAGCGAAUAUAUGAAGCGACGUUCAAACGGUGUGCCAUAUAUUGCUAAUAUGCGUUUAAGUCGUGAAGAUGCCAUCAAACUCUUGGCAUCAGGUCAAGCAGAUGCGGUGUCUUUCGGUAAAGCUUAUAUUGCCAAUCCUGAUUUGUAUGAACGUUUGAUUCAAGACGCACCUUUAAAUGAAUUGGUGUUUGAAAAUAUGAUUGGUUCACAAACUGCGGAAGGCUAUAUUGAUUAUCCUGCUUUGGGAUAA